AUGAUUCCGGUCAUCAUCGAUGAAGAUGAGAUCAACAAGGACGGCGAAGUUAUCGACGAAGAAAACCAAGAAAAUGACCAAACAAGAAACAUUGGUUUAGAUGACACCAAACAGAACAAUCUUGCGGAAAUUAAUGGUGAAUUCAUAGAAGCAGUGGAAGAAAUCGACUUAAAGUUUGACGAGAUGGAAGCUUCAGAAGGUCAUUAUCAUAUCGAUAAAGAAAUGGAAGAAGUCGAGAUGGAAAAGGAAGCAAAACGUGGCACUGAAGAAGAAGCGAUUGAAGAACUGCGAGAUGAAAGAGAAAAAGUUGUCAGUCAUGUUGAAACAGAGGAAAUAGAGCGGGUUGGAGAGCUAGUUAAAGACAAAGAAGACCAUACUGGCUCAACAUUGAAAGAAGAGCUGACAGUUGCUGUGAACACUGUGAUGGGCGCUAAGGAGUGGAAAGUAGCAACAAAAGCUCACUUCAAAAAGUAUCUGGAAACUAUUUCCAAGCCCAUCGACACAAUGCAAAUUUUCAAUGCUACAGGACAAAUGCUUAGAAAGGCGGAGAAUAACAAAAACAUGCGCGAAUUCCGAUCGGAGGUUCGUUUCGUCGAAAUUUUCCAGAAGAGAAAUCUUUGUUGUGGACAUUUUGUUGAGAAAGAGGAACUUGUCAAGUGCGAUCAAUGUGAACAUUUUUACCACGAGACAUGCCGAGAAAUGGGCUGGGGACCAACUGGCGAAUGCAAAUGCAGAAGGCCAGAGUUUUUGGGAACGAAGUACACGUCCAGUUUACUUCCGACCAACAGAAUGUCGGAAAAGUUGACAAAUGCGAUGCCCGAGGCGUACAAAAACCAAGUGGAAAUACGUGUUGUGGCAAAUGAAAUGAGAAAUGGGACCAUUGGCGAGAGAUUGACCGAUUUCUGCAAAAAAUACAACAUCGCUGUACCACAACACAAGUUUCGUUAUAAGAUGAUUCUUGUGUUUCUGAAGCCUGAUGAAGCAGAAGAAGAUCAAGACAAGACAAAUGAUGAAGCAUUGAUUUUCAUAUACACCGUCCACGAGUUUGUAGCAGGCGAGGAAACAACACCGAAGUCAAAAUGGACCGUUCUUGGAUAUUUGGACUCCAACCGUUAUAUCACGGACGGUAUCAAGAGACAACUCAUAUUUCAAGGAAUUGUCUUAUCGUACUUUUUGUAUGCAGCAUCCGCUGGCUACGAAAUGUGCCAUUUCAGGUGUGCCGCUCCCGGUAACGACAACUAUUUGUUCAACGAUCCUAUGCUGAACAAAAAACUCCGACCGGAUCAAAUCCGUCUUCUGAAGUGGUACAGUAACAUCUUGAACAGUGGAAAGACACGCGGGAUCAUCAAAAAAUGGGAACGCAAAAGUGUGGAUUCGAAGGGCAUGUCACUACAAGAUCUUCUUGAAAAAUUCUACUUGGAUGGCGGAUAUUGGCCGAAACGAAUAGAGAAAAUUUUGGAGAAAGAAAUGAAGCCAGAAAAACUUCGCGAGGAACUGGUGAAAGAGAUCAGCAAUGACAGCGAUGCUUUUUUCGUCGACUUGUCAAAACAAGAUCUCAUCAAAGACUCAACUCCCGUCAUACCCACAAUGGAUAUGACACGCUCGAAAGAGGACUUUCUGGCGGUUCAGGUCCAAAGCGGACUGCGGUACUCAACAAAUCGUCUUCUCUGGUAUUCAACAGCAAGGACCAUCUAG